CUGAGUUGAGCUCUGUUCCUCACAGUAACACCCCACCAGCCCGAACACUGGACCAGCUUCAGGACACAGCAGGUACGAGCACAGAGGUUAGCCAAGGGAUUCCAGAGGGAGCACAGCAACUUCAGUCAAGCUGAGGCAUCUCUUCCUGGGCUCCAUGGAAAAGUUUGUGCUUCAAGCGGUUUAAAACUGGACCUUCUAAUCCAGUGCGGACCUGAAGUGCAUUUCCACCCGAAAGCCUGAGGAAUUUCAGAGCUGAUUAUACAACAAGGCAUAACAGUUUCUUUAUUUACUUCUAUUGAGAAUCGCUUUCUCGUUCCAUUUGAUUUAGGGAGAAAAUCCAGGACAUCCUUCAAGCCACAACAGAUAUAUUUUAUAACCGACUUGCUCCUCAAGGCACAACAUUGAGUUAUAAAGUCACGUGAAUUGUGAUACCUGUGGUAUUUCCUGUUUGUUGUUGACUUCUGAGCCAUGGCCUUUAAUGACCUGCUGGAGCAGGUUGGCAGCACAGGGCGCUUCCAGGUCCUGCAUGUCACCCUGUUGAGCAUGCCCAUCCUGAUGAUGGCCAGCCAUAACCUGCUGCAGAAUUUUGUGGCCAAUGUGCCGCCACACCACUGUGCCCCCCACGCCAACAUUUCAAUAUCCUCCAUGAGUGCUGGGGACGUGCUGCGGGCCACUGUGCCCUUGGGCACAAACAGCAAACCAGAACACUGCAGACGCUACGCACAUCCUCAGUGGCAGCUUCUGAGCAGCAAUAGUUCAGAGAGCCUACGGGAAGAGGGUGUGGAAGAGAUGGAGAUGCAGAGUUGUGAGGAUGGAUGGUACUACAACAUGACAGAAAUGAGUUCAACUAUCAUCACUGAGUGGGAUUUGGUUUGUGACCAGCGUGCCCUAAAGCAAAUGAGUCAAACUACCUAUAUGGGAGGCGUCCUUGUUGGCGCAGUAAUUUUUGGGGGACUUUCUGACAGGUUUGGCCGGCGUGUUUUAUUGUUGUUCUCUAACCUGAUGAUGGCGGUUGGAGGAACAUGUGCUGCCUUCUCCACCUCCUUCACCAUGUUUUGCAUUUUCCGCGUUUGCUGCGGCAUGGCCCUGUCUGGUGUGGUGCUUAAUUCAUUCUCUCUAAUUGUGGAAUGGAUCCCCACGCGUGUGCGGACGGUGGUGGGCACAGGAACGGGUUACUGCUACACCACAGGCCAGCUGAUCCUGGCAGCCGUCGCUUACUACAUCAGAGACUGGCGCUGGCUCACAUUGGCCGUCUCUCUGCCUUUCUAUGUGUCCUUCCUCUACUCAUGGUGGUUCUUAGAGUCUGCUCGGUGGCUGGUCCUGACCAAGAGAUCAGAGCAGGCAGUAAAAAACCUCAAAACGGUGGCUCGCAUAAAUGGACGGCAUGCAGAAGCUGACAAAAUCAACCUUGAGAUGUUGCAAGAGUCCAUGCAGAAGGAGAUGGCCUGUUCACAGGGGUCUUACAGCGCUCUAGACCUCCUGCGCACAUCCUCAAUGAGAACCAUCACUGUGUGCCUCAGCGCAGUCUGGUUCUCAACCAGCUUCGCCUACUACGGCCUAUCCAUGGAUCUGCAGAAAUUUGGGGUCAGCAUUUAUCUUAUCCAGAUCAUCUUUGGAGCGGUGGAUAUUCCAGCCAAAAUCUUGGUUACAAUAUCCAUGAGCAUGUUAGGACGAAGACCAUCUCAGUGCGGCGCUCUUGUACUGGCUGGCGUAAUGAUACUCAUUAAUCUUCUGGUGCCUUAUGACCAGCAAGUGUUACGCACCAGUCUGGCAGUGAUAGGGAAGGGCUGCCUUGCUGCGUCCUUCAACUGCUGUUACCUGUACUCUGGAGAGCUGUAUCCCACAGUCAUCCGCCAAAACGGAAUGGGAUGGGUGUCCAUGAUGGCUCGGUUUGGAGCGAUGGUGGCCCCCAUGGUGCUUCUUCUUGGGGAGGAUUUCCCAUGGCUGCCUGGUUUUAUAUACGGAGGAGCUCCGAUUUUCAGUGGGAUCUUCGCCUUCUUUCUCCCAGAAACCCUAGCACAAGCUUUGCCUGAUACUAUCCAGGAUGUGGAUGACAGAGGUUUUGCAUGGAAAAAAAACAAAAGAUUACCUGAAAAAGAGGAUUUGGCCAAGAAGGAUCCCAGCUGUGUCCUCCUGAAAGAGUCUGUCUGAGACAGACACAGUAUUGGAACACACAAAUAGAGAUGAUCAUUGCCAUACAGAAGAGAGCUUUAGAGUUAAUAUGAUGAAAACAGUCAAAGGUUAUGGAGGAGUUUCCUUGAAUUUGAAUGAUAAAUGGUGGAGUAGCCUAUCUUGUUAUUUUUCUGACUGUAAUAUGUUAAAAAUAUUAUUUACUUGUACAGAGUAAGAGAAAUAGUGUCUUGAAUGGAGCUUUUUUGCUCUUUAGAAAUCUUUUACUGUUUUAUAUACAUGUAUCUAUGUUUGUGGAUUUUUUGUUUGUUUGUUUGUUUAUUACAUGAAUGAUGUAAAGAAAUAAAGAAACAGAGAACACAAAUUGUAAAAGAAAAAAAUUGUGCUUUGCGUUUGUUAUUUUAAUACCUAUAAGCUCUUUCAUAUGUAGUCUGUAAAAUGCAUCCAAAGUACGAAUAAAUAUCUAUUAUUUUGUAAAACAA